AUGAGCGCCAAUUCUGAUCCAGGCUCCCUAUAUCUGCUCCAGCAGACAUAUUUACUCCUGAAAAUUCGACUGGUGUGUGAGCCAGGUCAACUCUACGCUUUGGUAUUGGAUCGUAAGACAGAGGCGGCACUUCUCCUGGUAACCAAAAAAGAUGCGCUUUUGCGAAUUGUCACUACCGUGGAGGUCAUCGAUGAUAAGAGAAGAUUGCUGCCUUUUUUGCAUGCCAUUUAUUUCGUAGAGCCGCUGGUUUUCAACUUCAAUUGCAUUCUCGCCGACGUUCACACCAACCGAUACAAGGACGGAACGGGCCUUUUGCUACCGUUCCUGCAGUGGGACGAGGAAGCAAACCGGUUCUUUCGGUCCGGCAGAUUUUUGGAGAAUCAGGAUGUUGCUCGUUACUUCCAGGGCGGUAUCAAUUAUGUCCAUGGCUCGAUGGUUCCAGUCGAGUCUCGGGUGUUCCUAGCCGAUAAGGUCACCCCCAAUUCUAUGCCGAUAUAUUAUAACGAGAAUUGCGGUGAGACUGUCCUAUACCAGAUUCGGAAAACGGCGCGUGCGAUCGUGAAUGCUGUAAUUGUGGCUGACGAGUAUCCUCUCAUCCGUUUUUAUUCUCUGCCAGAGGCCACGCACCAAGCUGCCCGGUUGCCAGAGUUGAUAGCAGACGAAGUUCAAAGGCAAUUGGAUGACUAUGCUCGAGCUAAUAAUGACUACCCUCCAGCUUCUGUCGCCGAGAAACCACGUGCUGUGCUUGUAAUUUGCGACCGUACAAUAGACCUCUUUGCGCCGCUCCUUCAUGAGUUCAGUUACCAAGCUAUGGCAAUGGACAUCGUCGAGAAUUUAGAACGCAAUGGUGUUUAUGAGUACUCCGCUGAAAGCGAAGCCGGAGAAGAACAAAAGCUAGAGAGUCGCUUGGACUCCGAGGAGGACGAAACUUGGGUAGCAUUGAGACAUACCCAUAUCAUAGAAGCUUCAGAGUUGGUUGUCAUGAAAAUCAACGAACUUAUAAAAAACAACCCCAUGAUGAUAGACAGAACAAAAGCAAAAACAUCGUCCGAUUUGAUGUACGUUGUUGCCCAUCUUCAAGGUUUCGAUUCAGAGCGUCGCCAGGUCACACUCCACAAGUCAUUGAUUGAUGAGUGUUUGUCUCUUAAUGCUAGCCGCAAAUUGGCCGAGUUUGCUGCUGAUUUCGAGCAGAACUGUACCGCGAAAGGUAUCUCAUUCGAGGGAGUCAAGAAUAAGCACUUGCAUGAGGACCUAAUCGUAUUACUUGCAAGAGACGACCUCACAGUGAAUGACAAAAUCCGUCUUGUUCUCAUUUAUGGCCUCUACCGUGGAGGGUUGGCGGAGUCAGACUUUGUGAAAUUGGCAAAGUUCAUCGGUGUUUCGAACAAUCAAAUUGUAUCAUUGGUUCUGCGCUGUUUCACGAAUCUACAUAAACUUAAUUUCCCUAUUGUGAAAAAGUCUGCCAAAGACAAGCCCAUUACGCAUCACAAUUUCCAUGUGAUCAACAACGAGGGUACCUACAACACAUCGAGAUUCAUUCCUGGUGUAAAAACUGUUCUACAAUCUGCUGUACGCCAUGAACUAGACGAAGAAUGGUUCCCAUACUUUCGAGACAAGCCGCUUGAGGGAGAAUUACCAGUUAAAACUUCCCGACCAGGUCUUGAGCUGACGGGCUCUUUGAGAAAUGUCCGAAUCAAAGCAUCGUGGGCUCCAACUGGUGCCAAAAAUAACGGUAAAUCUAUAUCACGAAACAAACAACGUGUUUUCUGCUAUGUUGCAGGAGGUAUCACAUACUCGGAAAUACGACUGGUCUAUGAACUCUCCACAGCAAUGAACAAAGACUUCUACAUUGGUUCUGAAUUCAUUCUUAAACCCCGUGAUUUUCUUAUUGGGCUUCAAAAUAUCGACGAUGUUAAAAAUUUGGAGAACCUACAGCUUCCUGUGUGGCAUGAAAUGAAUAUGUCUCUGAGUAGGGCACCCGACCACCUUAUACAAGCACAACCACCGGCGCAGCCAAACGUCUCCGGACAAGUCCGCUCUUCUACAUCUUCCCAACAAACACCACCGGGUCAAAAUGGACAAAGUGUAUCUUCUCCAGUCAAGAAAGCACCUACUCAAGCGUCUGUCCCUCAAAAUUACCAGAAGAGGGUCAAUCAAUAUGCAACAGACCUCACGGCCGAGCCCGCAAAGGAAAAAAAGACCUCAAGACUUAAAAGGCUUUUCAAAUAG